CUAGUUAAUAACAUACGUACUGUUCGAAUUCACAAAAAAAUUAGGAUUAUAAUGAAAAACUGGAGCUUUCUUUGUAGAUAAAAACGCCAAAAACUUCCCGCGGCUUGUUUCAAUAUUUUUGCCGAACAGUAAACACGACGAUUCCACGCGCAGGUCGCGAGGAUGAAGUCUGAUCUAUAUAAAUCGUAUUUAAACUGUACUAACUGUAGGGAGCCACCUUAAGGCCAUGUUACACGGUGCAAUUUUUCUUGCAACUUGCAAUGCAAUUCUACUCUUGAGAGAUGUUAAUUAGUGAAAUCAGUGAAGAAUUUUCGAUAUGUUGAGAAAAUAUCAGCGGAGUGUGAUGAAUACUCGUAUAUGGCAAUUUUACAUCUCUCAAGAGUAGAGUUGCAUUGCAAGUUGCAAGAAAAAUUGCACCGUGUAACAUGGCCUUAAGGGAAAAGGUACGUUUUUCAAAUCGAUCUGGGUGCGAGCUGGAAUCGAUCAAAAACCUUGCUACAAUUUAAAAUUAGCGCGAUUGACCCUCUCCCUUGCGGUAACUUUCUAGCUCACUAUUAACUGAAGUUGUCUUUGAUUAUAUGUAUAUUGAAUGUAUUUGACUGCACGGGAUUUCGUGCUUAAUCUGAUGGUAUAGGGGGAAGAUUUUUCGGGUGGGGUGGGGGUUGCACUAUAGUGAUACAAAUUUAUAUCAACAUGUCAUAAAUCAUGGAAAUUUGGCAUCUAUUUCAAAGCAAAACAUACUAUUUAUUUCUUAAAAGAAACUAAAGUGAGGUCUAAAGCAAAUAUUACUUCCUUUCCCAACUAUUUCUGUUCAUUGCAUUGUAAACAUUUUCCUUUUCAUCUCUAACGCCUUAUACUAAUAUUUUAGUGUAUCCUUCCUCUAAUUGUACUAGCGUAAUGGUAGAUAUCUAAUGUGCCUCAUUUUUCGAGAAAAAGUAUCGUAAAUAUGUCAGAAAUUACAACAACGAUAGAUUGAGAUUCGAAACCUAAUUGAAGAUUGAGUAUUCCGUCCAUUCAUGCAUAUUCGGUAUCAGUAAUUAGAAUUUGUAGAAUUUGCCACCUGUUAGCGAGACGAACAAACGAUCGAGUGCAUUGCGCGAGGUUACUUCACAUAAUCAAAUAUUGAUAUGAUAUUCAUUUCCGUUUCCAUGUCGUGGCCAUUGUCGCUAAUAAAUAAUUUAUUUCUAACAAAAUUUUUAAUCUUCCUUGAAUAUAAUAUUAUGGCAGUGCAUUCUACUAAAAUGUAAACAUAACCUGAAUGUCUCGAGUUAAACCUGUGCAAAUGUAGUGCUUCAAGUGUUCUUGCGAGCAUCAAUAAGAGGUUAUACUUGUAUACUUUUUUGCUGUAGUCCUGUGUAAGUUAUCUAUAACUAUUUCGGAGAAGUCAAGCAAGCAAAUGAGUCAAUGGAAGUUGGAUAACGGCAAUUUACCUGAUUGGUAACCUUCAUUGAAGAUUGACCACAUUUGCUUGAUCAUAUGACGACAAGAUUUGGAAAAAAGUUCACCAGAGUACAGAAUAUAACCGUUCGAAAGAACCGUUAUACCGAUUUGUAAACAAUGUUUUAGUUUAUAGCUCCCCUUGUCAUGAAUAUACAUAUAAUCAUGACAUCUCAUUUAAAAGUCAAGUCUGUGCAGUACUUUCCAAAUAAAAACAGAAAGAGGUUUCUUUUCAGGUUCACUAAAAAUUAAUAUUAUUAGUACAAAAUUGGAAGAUAUGUAUUUUACGAAAAAGAAAUACUCAGUGUAAUAAAUAAUGUAUAAUACUGUUUAUUCAUAUGCUCUUAUGUUGUUAUUUAGUGUUUUAUAAGGCACAAAAAUACUUCUUCGAUAACGACACUUGAAUCGAGUAAAUAAAGCACUAGACAUGAUGGGGCCUGUACCAUUAACAUUUGAUAUUCUUGCUGUCUUGCAGAGUGACUUGGCCAGACAGUCUUUGUAUGUAAAAUUUGAUCCUCUAGUGGAAGCGAGGUCUGAUCAAGUAGCACAAGGUGUGUGUCCUCACAAGAUCUUUUAAAUAAGACCCGGCGCAUAUAUAAGAAGGACGUUGUGAGCAUGGUCUACAUUUUACUCUAUACUGACAUUUUUCAAUUUUUUCAUCCCAUUUCACGUUUCAUCUCUUAAGAAUAUGUUAUGCAUGUAAAGAAAGUGUGGACUGGGUAGAAUGCCGGCCUUGCUCAUAAUUUCCUUUGGAAAACAUGCAUUAAACAUGCACUUAUAUAGAAAUUUGUUUAUUAAAUUUACUUGCAGACUCCAACAGUUUUCCCAAUAUCAAUCCUGCGGACUUAUUAUUCCAAGGUCCUAUGUAAGUACUUUUGAAUUUCCUGGAAUAUAUUAUUAUACAGACUACAUUAAUACUAUAUUUCCGUGAUCAAACGAAGACGAUAAUUAAUGAGAGUUGGCAAGCGAGAAUUUGUAGGAGAGUUUUCUCAACUCUGCUCCCCGAGUCAAACGAGAAGAGGAGUUGCUUGAGAGUUGAUAAGAGUUAACUACAGUAGAUAUUACUUGUCAAACGAGCAAUAACUCUCAUCAACUCUCAUGAAAAAGGUCAAAGUUGACGAGAAUUGGUGAUCAAACGUACUCUCGUCAACUUUUAUCAACUCUCAUCAUCGUUUGACCCAGGCUAAUUAAGCUAAAUUCCCAUCGUGGAUUUAAGUGAGCGAUCGAAUUGAAAUUUCAAAUUUAUUUUAUUUGUCAGAUCUACUGACGAUCUGUUAGGGAUGGAUACUCCGCCAGCGAAACCAGUGGUAUCCCGUCGUGCCUUGCUCGCACAAUCACAAAACACCGAGACUGAGGAGAGCACGGCCACGUCGACCAUUGCGCCUGUUGACUUGUUUGAGUUAUCGCCAAGUCAAGAUGUAAGUGAUAUGAAGAAGACGCCUGAGGGCAGUUGUAUACGAAUCCCGGAUUUAUUCCGUGGAUAAGCUCAAACUAAGCAACAAUCUCGCAUAUAAUAGGUUUUGUUUGUGGAAACACCACGUAAAUUUAUUACUGCAAAUUAUUUAUUAUUUAUUUACGUGGUGUUUCCACAAACAAAACCUAUUAUAUUUUAUCACCAUGCAAACAUACAAAGAACUUAAUCUCGCAUAUCUUUGGAUGGUUAAAUUUCAAUGUUUUCCUAUAGUUGUUUUAUAUCCAUCCGCAAUAUGUUCUCUGCGGUAGAGGCACCUUCAACCUUAAGCUUGCGAUUUUCGAAAAGUUACUGUCAGUCCUAUUCAAUCAGUUACCAGUGUGUCCAGAAAACAAUGCAACUAUGUUCCACAUUUUUGCACAGCUAUUAUUCUUCAUCGAAAAGAGAUGAAUUUUGACACUAAGAUUAUUAAAAUUGGUUGUAGUAGACGUAGUAGAAUUAAUUUUAAAACAGCCAUAACACAUUAACACUGCUUCUACUAGUCCUAAUUUAAUUCAUAAGAUUAAAUUUUCGAUGCUCGCUAAUAAUUAUAGCUGUGCAAAAUGUGGAACAUAGCCACAGAUUUUUUCGGGACAUCCAGUAUAUUUUUGUUAUUUGUAUAUUCUUAGAUUACUCCGCCAGAGGAUGCAGAGGAAGCAACGACCUCUAAAUCUGAAAGUAGCAUUAUUGUGACUGAAGAAGAAUCUUCUCUUGUUCAGGUACACAAUUUUGAAGGUCUUCGUAGAUGGAAAUGUUUGUGGGCGAGUAUAGGAAUCAGAGCAACCUACGUUAUAGACAAUUCCAGCUUUUAGUUUAUGCGUGCAGGGGAGGAUGGGAAGUAAAGCAUGAUAGUGCUGAUUAUGCUGAAAAAAAUAAAAAAGGCCGCCGUGUAUGACAGCUUAUACUUGUAAAUAUUAAAAAAUAUUUCGGUUUCGGCAGUUUUUAUUGAAUUUUUUAGCAUAAUCAGCAUUAUGAUACCUUACUUCCCGUCACCCCCUACGCGCAUAAAUUAAAAGCUGGCGGACAGGUUGCCAACAUAAUUAUGACCACAUUCAGUAAAUGGAAAUUUUAUAGUUAUUGAUUCAUUUACUGAGACUUUAACAUAUUAAUUAGAUAAGUUCCCCUGCGGGCCUGGAGCAGGUUGUUCAAAGCGGAUUAUCUCUAACCGUGGUUUGAAAUUUAACACGUUAAGACUUCUAUUGAUCCACAUGCGACUUCUAGAAAAAAAUCCAAGUUUAUAAACAAACGGUUAUUACGUUAACCUAUAUAAAUUUAAGCAACCUGGCAUUCGAACAAUCGACCCCUAGUUGUUGUAUGGAAAACUAUCUGCAUUCGACCAUGAAAUGCUUGACCAUCAAAAUUGCUUCGACCAUCAAAAUUGCUUUGACCAUCAAAAUUGCUUGACCAUUGACCACUGCUUGACCAUUGACCCCUAGUUGUUGUAUGGAAAACUAUCUGCAUUCGACAAUGAAAUGCUUGACCAUCAAAUUUGCUUAGACCAUCAAAUUUUUGAAAGUGACAGCCUUGUUAAGCCGUGAUUUCUAUUGCAUGCGACAGUUAAAAAAAGCUUCCAUGUUUUUAUUUUGGUGGCAGCAGGUGGUUUUAAUCUAAUUGUUGUUGUCGUUUCACAUAUGUCUGAGCAAUGACUGAUUUUACACGGGUAUUGUAAACGUAUGUCUUGAAGCUCUUCACAUUUGGCUAUGAAACGAUGGAUUAUAUUUAUAUACAUCCGAGUUGAUAAUGUUCGAAUUUCUAACCUGGUUGUUUUGUUUGAAUACGGCAAACAAGAAACGUGAAAUGGGAAAGGAGGUUAAACAACCUGCUGCUAUAGCUGUUGUGAGUUGAUCUUUAUUGUGCAAGCAGGCUCGCGGGAUUUGCUCGCGAUGUAUUGCCAAUGUUUGUUGCAUAACAUUUGGCGAAUACAGUAGUACUGUUGUGGAAAAUCUGCUUCAUCUAGCCAAAGUGACGUACGUACGUGUACGUAUGACACGUUUUUUAUUGUUUGGCUACCACGAUAGCUUGUAAGCAAUAUUUCUAUGUUAAUAAUAUGUGCCAUCAAUCAAAUUAUGUCGCAAGCUGAAAAACGUAAAGUAUAUUUUGUCAUUUUUAGCCGUUGCAGUUUUCGAAAAAGGACCUUGAUAAAGCUGUCGAGGACGAGCAAGAAAAAUUAUUAAGUCAAGUGAGUUGAUUGAACUUACAGUAAUUAGCUCAAUGAACAAGCCCUCCUUGGUUAGCCGCGCCCCUAACUAGGAGUGAGUCUGUUCGCAGCCCACAACUUAAUUGUUAUGAAUACUAUGAAAAUAAAUUAAAAAAUUUUCACCCUUAGUGGAAUUUACAGAACAGUCUCCACGAGGCUGAAAUGGAAAAAUUACUAGACGAAAGAAAUAAAAUACUUGAAGAAAGGAAUAAAAUAAUGGACGAAAAUAAAGUAGUCAAGUAGGUUUCCAAUUGUUUGUUUCCAAGUUUUCUGUGUAUUUUGUUGGAAAGUUGACUACUACAGUAUCAGUUGCUAAAAUGAUAAAAAGUGUAAAGAUAAAACGGUAACCUGAAUUUCUAUAUCUUUAGAACAUUAAUGAUGGAAUAUGAACAAACAAUGGCCCAAAUGAUAAGUAAGACGAAUUGUAAUGCAUUACUCCGUUCUGUAAUAAAUACCGAUACGAAUAUUUAUGUUACAAUAUUCCCGUCUUCAUUUUCCAUUUUCGUUCCUACAAUAUUUUUGCACUCUGCAGAGGAUCGAGAAAAUGAGCAAAGCCAACAGGAGAAGUCCAACUCAGAAAUAGCCCAGGAAAGAGAUCAGGUAUUUGAUGAAAUUGCAUGCCAGGAAUGAUUGUACUCGACUAUAUAUACCAAAUAUAAUUCUUAAUAUUCGUGUUCUAGCUUCAACGAGAUUUGAACAACACAGAAAAAUCAUUCGCCCAUCUUCACGAGAAGUUUGGAAAACUAAAAACGGCCGUAGAAUCUUAUCGAAAGGUAUCACUUUUGCUCUUUAGAAAUGACUUUUUACGUACGUAUCUGAGUAUGCUGUAGUUCGAAAUGGGAAUUUAUUCUUCUCUAUUCAGAAUGAAGACGUUUUAAAGAAAGUGGUCAAAGAUCUACAGGAAGAUGUAAAGAACGCGGAAGCAAAAUAUCAAGUUUUGAAAAGUCAUGCCGAACAAAAGCUUCAAGAGUGAGUAAGAAUGGCGACGGAUACACGGGCAAUAGAAAGCUUUAAGGCCAAUUUACACUAUGCAACUUUUUUGCCUAAAAGUAAAACUGUCGCAUGCAACCUGCUUACCACUUGAGUUGUACUGUGUAAAUCAAGCACACAACUCACGUAUGACAACGUAGGUGGAGUGUCCAUUAAUUUAUUUAUGUGUUAUCGAGUCAACAAUACGGUGCUAAUUUUAACUUUUUGCUCGUCAUUUAUUGAUUUUAGACAUAUGUAUCUUAUUUCUCGUUAUUGUAGAGCAAAUGUUGAAAUAAAUAGAGUACAGACCUCGUACAAAGCAGAAUUGGCUGGAUUCCAGGCUGCUUUAAAACGAGAGAAAACAAAAACCUCUUCAUUACAGCAAAAUCUUGAUCAAAAAGUAAGUGAACGGCAUUGAACUUUAGCUAUUCCUAACCUUAUCAUUCUAAUCCAGUCCUAAUUUGCGUCAGCUGCUUGGCCUUAUUUUCAAACAUUGUUUUAUUUUAUCUGCAGACAAACGAAAACAAAGAACUUACUUCGAUCUGUGACGAACUCAUAAGUAAAGUAGGGCCAAUGCCUUAGAUCAAUAUAGAUACUAUAGAUAAUUAUUUAAAUUUGUAUUAUGUAUAUUUGAAAAGAUGAGAUAGUGCAGUUAUAUAAGCACUGUUUUCUGCAAAAGAUCAGAGCAAGACCAUAGCUUAAAAAUUCGCUUCAGCUUAUCCACAGAAAUGAAAACCAUAUGGAAAUUAAAUUACUUGGAAUGCUGAGUGGAAAGGUGAACCCAGGCCCAGGGCAGAGGAAAGGUUGUUGCAGAAACAUUGUUUUCCGAAUGUGGGCAAACCAGGAAACAUUUUUCGCAACAAAAAUCACACUUGGGGAACGAAAUGUUUCUUGGUCUAACUUAACUAUGGUCUAACUCAUGGCCAGUCCCUGAAUUUAGGAUUGAAAAAAUGUUACACAAUGGGAAUUGAAUCACACUUCUCAGUCCACUGAUCUAUAUUUGUACUUAUUGACAUCAGGGUCCAAGGCGUUUUUAUUUCUGUGCUAUGCUUGUAAAAAUAAGGACUUGCAAAGAUUGUACAAUAUUGUUAUAGUACACAAGUAUUGUCUUUAGUAUUUUGAUGCCAGUGGAAUAUCUUUAAGUGGUUAGAAUUCCUAAACUAAAGGCGGAGAGCAAGUUGCUCUAUAUUAAAUCAUUUUCAGGUUUUUCCUGAAGUUUUUUUUUUCAUUCUCUGCAAUUCAUUAUUUGACAGUGCAUUUGAUCGCGUCUCAGUUUUGCGUCGAUGAAAGUUACAAACUUGUAACAUAUUCGUAUUGGUGGUUAAAUCUAAAGUCUAAACUACUCCAACUGUUUUUAGAAAGAACUUAAGACAAGGAACAUGUGUGGUGUAUAGUAUUUUUAUGGUGGUGUUGUUUGUAUGGUGCAAGUACCUGAAGAAUAAGAGUAUGUUUCGAAACUCCUUCAUCUGCAAGUUAGUUGCGUCGGUAAUCAAGACCAACAACCAUCGCUUCAAUCGUCUAAGUCCGUUCCUAUUCUUCAGGAAGUUGAAUCAUACACACAAGCAGACAAAUUUAAUUCUACACUGGCACCUAACAUAUUGUGGUGUAGUGUUAUUAAUUUCUCACAAAAAUGAUGAUGCAAUAGACACAAUCCCCAAAUUUAAUCUAUUACAUUUUAUUUCAAUUCUACACUUUUAGGAAAAUUAUCUAAAUCCUCAAAGGAAUGCAUGAUUUUGUCUUCUUUAACAGUGACAACACGCAUUCCAUGUUUAUCUUCGCCAAUAGGAAAUCCAAUUGCACUUGUUACAACCAUUUCUAAAUUGCCAUCAAAGCCACCUGCAUUUUUAUGAUAAUGUCCUGCAAACACAUACUUUACUCCUGCAUCUUUUAGUUUUCCAACAAUUUCAUCCCGGUCUUUCUUGCAAAGGUUGAAGUAUCCAUCUUCUUCGUCUACACUUUCCAAAAAUAAUGGAAUAUGUUGGAAAACAACUGUAUGCUUGGCAGUUUUGGCAAGUUCCAAUUGUUUAUCAAGCCACAAUUCAUGUUCUUUCUUUACGUCUUCCACCAAAGUUCCAUCUUUAUAGUACUGGCUGUUUAGGACAAUAAAGAACACGCCU